AUGGCGGACGCCGACAAGCCGGAGGUGGCCGGGGCGGCGGGCGACGACGGCCCGCAUCCGCAGCCCGCCGAGCCGCCGGGCGAGCCGGAACCCGACAAGCAGCCGCCGCACAGCAGCAGCAGCAGCAGCAGCAGCUCCAAUGGCGUGAAAAUGGAGAAUGAUGAGUCAGAGAAAGAAGAGAAGUCUGACUUUAAAGAAAAGUCUACAGGAAAUAAGAAGGCUAACCGAUUUCAUCCUUAUUCAAAAGAUAAGAAUCUGGGCACUGGAGAAAAGAAAGGUCCAAACCGGAACAGAGUAUUUAUUAGCAACAUUCCCUAUGACAUGAAAUGGCAAGCUAUUAAAGAUUUAAUGAGAGAAAAAGUUGGUGAGGUUACAUACGUGGAGCUCUUUAAGGAUGCGGAAGGAAAAUCAAGGGGUUGUGGUGUGGUUGAAUUCAAAGAUGAAGAAUUUGUAAAGAAAGCUCUGGAAACUAUGAACAAAUACGAUCUUAGUGGAAGGCCUCUGAAUAUUAAAGAGGACCCCGAUGGAGAUAAUGCCCGUAGAGCAUUGCAGCGAACAGGAGGAUCAUUUUCAGGAGGACAUGCCUCUGAUAUGGGGUCAGGCUUGAUGAAUUUGCCUCCUUCCAUUCUCAAUAAUCCAAACAUUCCUCCUGAGGUUAUCAGUAAUUUGCAGGCUGGGAGACUUGGUUCCACAAUUUUUGUUGCUAAUCUUGACUUCAAAGUUGGUUGGAAGAAGCUAAAGGAAGUGUUCAGCAUAGCUGGAACUGUAAAGCGGGCAGAUAUUAAAGAAGACAAAGAUGGCAAGAGCCGAGGAAUGGGCACUGUCACUUUUGAGCAAGCAAUUGAAGCAGUUCAAGCAAUUUCUAUGUUCAAUGGGCAGUUUUUAUUUGAUAGACCUAUGCAUGUGAAAAUGGAUGAUAAGUCUGUCCCUCAUGAAGACUACCGUUCGCAUGAUAGUAAAACACCACAGUUACCACGUGGACUUGGAGGCAUUGGAAUGGGACUUGGUCCAGGUGGACAGCCUAUUAGUGCCAGCCAGUUAAAUAUUGGUGGUGUGAUGGGGAAUUUACCAAGUGGUAUGGGCAUGGAUGGUCCAGGUUUUGGAGGAAUGAAUAGAAUUGGAGGAGGAAUUGGGUUUGGUGGUCUGGAAGCAAUGAAUAGCAUGGGAGGAUUUGGUGGAGUUGGCAGGAUGGGAGAGCUAUACCGUGGAGCCAUGACUAGUAGCAUGGAACGAGAGUUUGGACGUGGUGAUAUUGGAAUAAAUCGAAGCUUUGGAGAUUCCUUUGGUAGACUUGGCAGUGCAAUGAUUGGAGGGUAUGCAGGAAGAAUAGGAGCUUCUAACAUGGGUCCAGUAGGAUCUGGCAUAAGUGGCGGAAUGAGUGGCAUAAACAGUGUGACUGGAGGAAUGGGCAUGGGGCUGGACCGCAUGAGUUCCAGCUUUGACAGAAUGGGACCAGGCAUAGGAGCCAUACUUGAAAGGAGCAUCGAUAUGGAUCGAGGAUUUUUAUCAGGUCCAAUGGGAAGCGGAAUGAGAGACAGAAUAGGCUCCAAAGGAAACCAGAUAUUUGUCAGAAAUCUGCCUUUUGACUUGACUUGGCAGAAACUAAAAGAGAAAUUCAGUCAAUGUGGUCAUGUAAUGUUUGCAGAAAUAAAAAUGGAGAAUGGAAAGUCAAAAGGCUGUGGCACAGUCAGAUUUGAAUCCUCAGAAUCAGCUGAAAAGGCCUGCAGAAUAAUGAAUGGCAUAAAAAUCAGUGGCAGAGAAAUCGAUGUCCGCUUGGAUCGCAAUGCUUAACUCCAAACCAUGGUUGGAAUGUUCCUUCCUCUGUUUUGCUGAAUCUCCUAGUAAAAGUCAUUGUUUUUAGUAAUGGUAUAUGCUUAUAAAAGCUGUAAAAAUGAACUUUUAAAACUUCCACCAGCUUUUUAACAGUGUAAUGUUAAAAAUAUACUGUGAUUUUUGUUAUCUCAAGUUUGGGUUUCUAAAGAUAGCAAGUCUGGUCAUUCAGUUUAAAUGAAUGGUUAUACUGUUUUUAAUGAAAUAAGCCAUUUUCUUGUUGUUUUGCAGUAUGACAUAAUGUGAUUUACUUGUUCUAGUUUCUCCAGCUUUUAUGAACUUAUUUUAAGGUAAAAAGAUGUGUUCUUUUCAAACUCUGCUUUACAAUAUUUUUGUAAUUGUCCUUAAAAAGAAAGUGUUCAGACAAAUUAGGAUGUGACUUUGGUUGGGUUUAGUUUUCUUUGAUGAUAAAGAAUUACUGUAAGUAAAUAAGUAUUACAUUCCAAAGUUGAGAAUGUUUUUAUUUGACUUAAAUGAGAAAUGGAUUUUUCCUUCUCUGCCCCUUCUCCAUCCACAUUUUCUAGUUAACACUGUUAAUAUCAAAUUCCACACCCCUGUAUUCUGUUAUUUCCAAUAAUUCCAAGUUCAUAUAGAACUGAUAAUGUAGCAAGUACCAAGUAUAAUAAUAGGCACACUACUCCCAACUUUCUGUCUAAUUUCCAGCCAUUAAAAUGAACUGCUAGAAACAGAAAAAUAAUUGAAAUGUUGAGAGAGAUGGUUAUAUAAGUGAGUCCUUUGCUGUUCACUUCUAUAGGAUUUGAUGUAUUUGCAAAUGCAGUUUUAAUAAACCAGGGAAGACCUAGGCAUAGCAUAUCAAACACAUUAGAUCCCACAAUGUUAGACAUUGCCAUAUCUCCUUUACCUGCAAAAGAAAAGCAUGCUGUUAAAAUGUGCAUACCAAUACUCUAUUUUAUUAACUCUAUUCAUAAUAAAACACUGGAUUCCUUUUGUUGUUGGUUAGUUUCAGAAAAUUGUUAUUAGACCAAUAGUCUUAUUAAAUUUGUAUUUUCUUGGGUUAGAAUUUAAAGUCUUAUCAUUUAUUUAAUAAUUAUUUAUUAAACCAUUUUCAAUAAGGUAUAUAGCUUACUUGUUGCUUUUCAUUCUUAUUUAACAUAGUUAGUUACUACUUAAUACAUAUUUUAGAUGAAUGUAAUUUGGAGCAUUAGGUUGAAUAAAAUUAAUCUGCCCUUAACUAGUAAAUUCUUGGGUUGGGGAGAUAGCUCACUUGGUAAAGUGCUUGCCUCAUAAGCGUGAAGACCUGAAUUUGAUCCCCAGUACCCAUGUGAAAGUGCUGAGCAUGGUGAUGUGCACUUGUAAUUACAGCAACUAAGAGAGGAGGAGACAGGGUGAUCCCUAGAACUAAUUGGUUAGCCAGUCUAGCUUAAUUGGUGAGCUUUAGGCCAAUGAGAGAGCCUGUCUUAAAAAGAGGGAGAUGGCAUCCUUGAGGAUGACACUGAAGAUUGUCAUUUAGCCUGCACGUGUACCUGCAACACACAUGUGCACCUGUACAGUACAUGAACCUGUAUACACAUUUAAAAAAAAAAAAAACAGAAAA